GGAGUGGGGACUAGGGAUGGGAAGCGGCUAGGGGGAGAGAUGGCUGGAGAUCGUGUGAAAGGGAGAGUUGCUGGAGAAGGUGGGGGUAUUUCUAUAGGGGCUGAUAAGUGACAAAUGUGGUGGUGAAUUGGUGAUGUUGCCAUGUUGGGGGAUCCCGGGAUGGCUGUUGUAGUAGUGGUUCGGAUGGAGGAUUGUUGAUGCAGUGGUAGUGAGGGUGGGGGAUGGCUGCUACAGUGGUGGUGAGGUGUAAACUACAACUUUUGAGAUUUAUUUUGACUUGGUGGUGAAUGAGAAUAAGUGCACUACGUAGGGAUGUUUUAAGCAAAGUUUCCUACAAGUUAGAUGCUUAGGUAGGGGUAUUUUGGCUGCAGCAACGAAUUUGAUAUUCAUUUAGAUGCUUCACAACUAGAGAAGUUGAUGUGGUAUACUUUUCAUUGAUGUGAAGUUCUGGUUUCAAUAGGUUCAAUGAAGUGGCAUCACAUUGUAUAGAAACAUGAAAAUUCACUGCUCGCUAGCUUCUAGCCUUCUACCAUGGAAAUAGUUAGUUAGUUACAUACAUAGAUUACUUGAGUCAUUAGGAGCAGGUGCAACUGGAAAGCUAUCUCCAAGGAUCCAAAUGUAAUGGUAAUUCAUUUCUGAUUGUUAGCAAAAGGAAUAUCUAGCUAGUCAUUCAUGAUUUUUGCUCUAUAGCAUUGAACUCCUUCAAAUUUACAGUGGUCUUUGUUUCCUUCCAUUGCUGAGAAUCUUUUUGUUGUCAAUUUGUGGGCUUUCCCAGACAAGCACAAAAAUAGUUGUGAUAAUAUUGUGGUCUAAUCAAUUUAUAUUAUUGAUAUACAAAGUAGUUGCACGUUGAAGAGAGAUUUAUUGGAACAGAUCUUACUAAAAAGCGGUCUAAUCAAUAUAUAUUAUUGAUGUCGAAGUAGUUGCACGUUGAAGAGAGGUUUAUUGGAGCAGAACUUACUAAAUAGUAUAUCAAAGUCUUCUUUCUGCAAACUUUUUACAUCUCAUUUGACUCGCUCUUCAUCUUUCAAGAAACUCAAAGUUUCCCCCUUUUGAACAUGUCUAGAAUGAUGUUUUGAGGCCACUUCAGACUGUUUUAUUUCAUUGUUAUAUGAUUUUUAUCUAGCUCAUUAGCUAGCUAGAAAAGGCCAGUGUUCUCUUGACUUUCCAAAUAGCAAACUGUCAUGAGUAUCAUCGAUUUCAUAUUAUUUUAUACUUUUGUUUCUUUUAACAAGUUUAGGUUGCCUCGUCAUUAGCUUAAGACGUGUGCUGGCAUAUGGCGUUCUGCCAUUCCACCACUUCUACUUGGCAUACAAGGGAUUUAGGGAAUUAGUUCCUGAAUAUAUUUCUCUCUCGAAAAGUACUGUGUUAGAGCUGAACAGAGGACCUGAUCAUGCAUACAGUUCAGUUACUGCAGUCGAUGCCUUGUAUUUCUAGCAGCUUUAAGUCCCAGAGUUGCUGGACCAAGUGCUGGAGAGAUACAACUGGACAUCAUAAAUGGACGAAUAUCAGAACCCUUAAUUUCUCUCAAUGUGCUCAAAGACCUCAUGGUGCUAGAAGAUUUAUUAAUGUACCAAAACCCAUCCAAUCUACAGCAGUGUCAGCCAUUCCUAAUUCAAAUGACGGUUUAGCAGCUGUACCAACCGAUGAAAGCUCAAGCAUAAAUCAUUCUCCCACUCUUGAAAUGGAGACUUUAUUCGCCAACUGGUCACCUCCCAGGUACUUAUGGAGAGGGUUAUCAGUUCUCAUUUUGGCAGGGCAAGUGAUAUACCGGGCCCUCAAGGGUAAAAUCCACUGGAAAAACACUCUCCAACAGCUGGAAAGAGUUGGUCCAAACUCGGUUUCGGUUUGUCUUGUAACAUCAGCUUUUGUUGGCAUGGCGUUUACCAUCCAAUUCGUCCGGGAAUUCACGCGGUUAGGGUUGAACCGGUCCAUUGGUGGGGUCUUAGCUCUUGCCUUUGCUCGGGAAUUAAGCCCUGUAGUUACAUCAAUUGUGGUGGCAGGUCGUAUUGGAAGUUCGUUCGCUGCAGAGCUCGGAACCAUGCAGGUGUCUGAGCAGACUGACACACUGAGAGUUCUCGGGGCAAAUCCCGUUGAUUACCUAGUCACACCAAGGGUAAUUGCUUCUUGUGUUGCUUUGCCUUUUUUGACCCUGAUGUGCUUCAUAGUUGGGAUGGCAGCUAGUGCCUAUUUGGCCGAUAGUGUAUUCGGAGUUAGCCACAUAAUGAUAUUGGACUCUGCUCGGAGAGCUCUUCGGCCAUGGGAUUUAAUUAGUGCGAUGAUAAAAUCCCAGGUUUUUGGUGGAAUAAUUGCAAUUGUGAGCUGUGCUUGGGGUGUAACAACUAUUGGUGGUGCUAAGGGUGUUGGGGAGUCUACUACUUCAGCUGUUGUUUUAUCUCUGGUUGGUAUCUUUAUUGCAGAUUUUGUUCUUUCUUAUUUUUUCUUCCAAGGGGCUGGGGAUUCACUUAGGAAUUGUGUAUGAACUCUUUCCUUUUCAGUUUUCAGCUUGCAAUGUCUAUUUUUCGCCGAAUUUCAUUUGUUGAUCAGAACUAGGAAAGAAAGAGUUAUAAGACGACUCUAUAACAUUCUUUCCAGUACAUUUUUACUAAUAUAUCUGUAAUUUGUAUGAUUUUCUGGAAAUGUCAAACUUGAUCACCCCAAGCAGAGGGAAUUCAUUGUUAAUACAAGCUGAAUUUUUUUCUUCUUA